GUUACUUCCGCUAGUGUCACGGAGUUGUGUUGUCAAAAUGGGACACGACAACCACCACCACCACUUAUCUCUGUGUUUUUGCGAUUUAAUGAGGCUGCUGUGGUCGCUGCUGGUGCCAUGCCUCUACCUGAGCCUGAUCCUGACCCUCGUCCUCCUUCUGCUCCUUUUGGGGGUCCGCAUGUGGCUGCAAGGGCGCCGCAAGGCCCGUCGGGCUCAGGAUGAUGGCCCGGCGGUGGCUUUCUUCCACCCCUACUGUAACGCGGGAGGAGGCGGGGAGCGGGUCCUCUGGUGCUCCCUGAGGGCCCUCAUGCACCGAUAUCCCGGCGUCUCCUUUGUGGUUUAUACGGGUGACCAGGGAGUGACGGGUGAGCAGAUUCUGGAGGGAGCCCGGCAGCGAUUCCACAUCACGCUGCCUCGAUCAGUCACCUUUGUCUUCCUGCGUCACCAUGUACUCGUGGAGGCCAGCUCUUACCCUCACUUCACCCUGCUGGGUCAGAGCGCAGGCUCAAUGUUCCUGGGGUGGGAGGCACUGACGGCCUUCGUUCCUGACCUGUAUGUGGACUCGAUGGGCUACGCCUUCACCUUGCCGAUCUUCCGCUACCUGGGAGGCUGUAAAGUGGCAAGCUACGUUCACUAUCCCACUGUCAGCACCGACAUGCUGUCUGUGGUCAGAGAAAGGAACCCAGGAUUCAACAAUGCUGAUUUCAUCUCAAGAAACCCAAUCCUGAGUGCAUUGAAGGUGGUGUACUACUGCUGCUUUGCUCUGCUGUACGGCCUGGCCGGCUCCUGCAGUGACGUCAUUAUGGUGAACUCCACCUGGACGCUGGGACACAUCCUCGCUCUGUGGCGCUCUCCGAGCCGCACCAGCAUCGUCUACCCUCCCUGUGACAUCAGGGCCUUCCUAGAUGUCCCGCUGGAGGACGAGGACGAGAUGGAGGGCUGGGAGGAGCUUGGAAGAGAAGAAGAGGACGGCGGCAGAGGGGACAGGAAGCGCCACUCCAUUGUGUCGGUGGGUCAGUUCAGGCCAGAGAAGGAUCACCAGCUCCAGAUCAGAGCAUUUCGCAAACUGCUAGACAGGAAAGGGGACGGCCCAGGGGGGAGAGAGUCUCUACGGCUGGUGCUGAUUGGCGGAUGCAGGAACCAGGAGGAUGAGGAGAGGGUGUUGAUGCUGCGGGGACUCUGUCAGGAGCUGGGCAUCGCCGACUAUGUCGAAUUCAAACUUAAUAUCCCCUUUGAGGAGCUGAAGAGAGAGCUGGUGGACGCCACCAUUGGUCUGCACACAAUGUGGAAUGAACACUUCGGCAUCGGUGUGGUGGAGUGUAUGGCCGCAGGCACCAUCAUUCUUGCCCACAAGUCUGGAGGUCCAAAGCUGGACAUCGUGGUGCCGUACGAAGGCAGGCAGACGGGCUUCCUGGCUGACAGUGAGGACAGCUAUGCAGCUGCCAUGGAAACCAUCCUGUCGUUGUCACCAACCGCUCGACUGGAAAUGCGCCGUAACGCCAGGGACUCUGUGGAACGAUUUUCCGACCAGGAGUUUGAGUCUUGUUUCCUGGCUGCCAUGGAGCCUCUGAUGGGUAGUCUAGAGCGAUGAGUUAAAACAGAUGAGGUGCCGAGUCCACCAGGGACCAGAACGUUGUUGGUCUUUUAAAUAGUGCUACACACAUAUAUAGGAUUGAACAGUGAGGGUCAUGUGUAUGUUUAAAAUGGCUUAAGCUUGAAGGUUUAAGUGUGAUGGGGUGGAUCAUUUUCAGCAUAAUAAUCUCACAAAGCAAGUCAACAUCAUCAAGACACAUUCGGGGUGGACACCCAGAGAAAUAAUUGGGAUGAAUAAACAAAACCAACAAAGAGUGUAGGACUGUGCGUGUGUCAAACUUGUGUGAAAGUCUUCAGUGACAGCAGAGCUGGAAGCACGAUGAUGGGAAAAAAAAUCGGGUGAAAAAUCACAUUCUGUUCACCUCCAAACUGAGUCAUGUGUUCAUAUGACUUUACAUAAAAAAUUACAAGACACCUUGAGGUUCAGGAAAUAUCCUCUUUAAUCUCAUAAUUAUAGCUAUUAUUUAUGUUCUCUGUCAUAUUUGCUCCAGGAACAAUUUAGGCAAUCCGGAGAUCACCUGGGUUUUGUUAGGAUGUGCAACAAUGGACACUCAUAAAAGCUAAAAAAAAAGACAACAAUAAGGUGAGGUCAUCGGAAGGUAAAGCUAGGUAACAAUGAAAAAGAACAUUAACGGAGUUCUCACAUAAAGACGAGAGAGGUGUUAACAUUCCCGGAUGAACGUUUAAUUCCCGUGAUUUAUUUUCAUCCUCAUAUCUUUACAGUUUCAGAUUGGAUGUUAUCCACAUAACUGCUUCGCCCCAUAUGUGCUAACAACCUUUUGUGAUUAGUAAACUAAAAAUACAGAUCGAAUCUGGUAGAUAAAACUCACAAGACACAUGCAAAUCCAACAGCUCUAAAGAGCUUUCACUGUUGGUGGAGCUAAGGCUUCUGUGUUCGUGCUAAGCUAAGCCACACUUGCUGCAUCUCUGUGCUGAAGAGAAAACUGAUUGUGAGAAAGACCACAGGAACACUCACGUUUCUCAAAAUGUAUUUCGUUAAAUAAUUUAAUAUUGCGGGGAGAGUGACAUUCCAAGCUCCAACACUUAAGCGUGUAGAAGUGAUUUAUGUCCAGUUAAUACUGAUAUAGUUUGAUUUUAUUUUUUGCAGUGGCGUGAUGUUAGCAACAUGCUUGUAAAUGUACGUGAAGGGAAGGGUGGAAAUGUUGUCUGAUGAAGAAUUUCUUGUAACGCUUUCUGUGUGCACAAGAAGCACUUAAACCCACAGGUUUGUGGUUUUAAACCAUGGCCAAAGCACUCUUAAUUUAAAUGUUUUUUCAGCUGUUGUAUUCCUGUUUGUGAUGAGGUCCAGGCAUGGAAAUAUUAUUAUAUGUAAAAGGCUGACUAACCUUUAUUUUUAAAGAUGAAUUAGAACUAUUUAAGUCUGUCCAUGUAAAAAGGCUGUUUGGAGUUUGUUUCACUUGCAAACUGCAAUUAAAUUAAAUAAUGCUGCAAUAAACGAAACACUUCAGA